GAGAGGGGGACACUGUGUGCUGGCAUCUCGCUCUGGUCAUGACAGCAAUGAUGGCUCCACCAUGGAAACAAUGCAGCUGCGGCAUCCUCUUCCUCUCGCUCUUCUUCCUUCAUCUGCAGCCGUCCUCGUGCCUCGACCCGGGAGCUGCUGGCAGUGCUUCUGUCUCUUUCAUACAAGAUGAAGGGAUUGCUCAGGGUGAUGGAGGGAUGUGGAUGGAUGAGCCUUUGGUAUCUGUAGAUCAGACGGAAAGAAGACUGCAGUCUACAGAUGUAUCACGGAGGAAGUUACUUCAGACACCAGGAAUUGCAGUUCCCUUUCCUCCUCUGAAGGUGAUGUCGGAUGGGGAGCCAUGCGUCAUGUUCCAGGCCCGGAAGCUGUCUCUGCGCUACGAGAAGCAAAAGCAGCUGGACCUGACGGAGAGAGCUUUUUCUCCUCAGAAACCUGUCGACACCAGCGAGUCCGUCUGCCGCCAGGACAAGGCCACGCUGGUCAUGAGGUUUGGAGAUGUGGAGGAUUUGAGAGGCCUUUCCAUAAGGCUGCAGCUGUCCAACACUUUCUACGAGUCUUCGGGUCAGUGGUGGUUCUCGGUGGACAGCGUGUCUGUGCGCUACAACUCCUCUGAGGAGGCGGUGUUCAACGCCAGCGACGUGUACGCUCCGACCUCCUCCUCCUACCACUGCCUGCAUGUCAGCAGCCUGCAGCGCUACAGCGCCCUGCUGCUGCCCAGCAGCGAAGACGCACACCGCUGGAGCCUCACCUUCACAAACUUCCAGAUUCAGGCAUUCAACAUCACCUCUGAUAAAUUCUCUCCUGCGACUGUCUGCGCAACCUUCAUGACGCCGGCCAUCCUGAUGGGGCUAAUCACUUCCCUCAUCCUGCUGCUGGUGCUGGCCUACGCCUUGCACAUGGUCAUCCACCUGAAACACAUUGAGCACGAGGACGAACACAAAGCUGACGUCUACUUCCCCCAGAGCCCAGAACAGCCUGAACACUGCUGCGUGGAAAGCGACGCUGAGAAAAAUAUUCUGUAGUGUUGCGAAGAAGAAAUUUAGAGACUGUUACACUUUUAAAAAAAGAUAGGGAGCUGAUUAUAAACUGCUGGUGCAAUCGUUUACUUUCAGCUCAGGGUUAGACUUUUUUAUAUAUAUAUUUAUAGUGUUUUUUUAUUUGCCUGCUAGUUAAUAUCUGCAUUUGUCUUUAUAACAAAUUUAAUAAAAAAUCAUUAAAAAAAAAAAUCACAU